AUGUCGUCCGCGUCGAAUCGCAAGGGCCUGUUGCCCACAUCGCAGGACAACUCGUCCCAAUCGAAUCCGGAUGCACUCAACGCCCCUCCGCCUGUUCAACGCAGAUCGUCCCAGCCGUUGCCAGGCAUCUCGGCAACUGCUUCCUCUCUUCGCAGCCGUAGAGUCGGCUCCACUUCGACAGGGUCCACCACCUCUAGCUCUAAACACCAACAGCUAAAGGGACACAUCAAUGACGUAGACGACAACGACUUUGACGACGAGACUCCAGGCGACUACGAUCCCGGUUCACAGCCUUCCAUCACCCAUCGUUCCAAGUCACCUGGCAACCUCUUGAGGUCGGCUCUCGUGCCUGGUUCGUCGCAGAGCGCAGGCGUAAAAUCCGGCUCGAAUUUGUCUGUCUCGGCAUCCAAAAAGGCCUCUACACCUGUGGCUCCUCUGUCACCCCCUCCGCCCCCGUCGAAUCGCUUCAAAGGCACUCCCGCUCGUGCUACACGCUACUCGCUUCCCGUACGUGCAGAGAAGCCCGUUCGAACCACAAAGACGUCAGGCAAACACGUCGUGCUGCCAUCCGAAUCCCAACUAGCUCCUCUCCCUGGUGAAGACGACGAAGAUGAUGACGAUGACGAUGAUGACGACGAUGACGAACUAUCAGAGGAAGAGAUUACAGAUGACGAGACUGAACAAGCAGCUCCAUCGACCGCUGCCUCCGCCAAGCCUGCGCUUGUCGCUCCUUCCAAACCACCUGCCAAGGUUCCCGUCAUUACCCCGCGUCCUGGCCCAAGCAUCCCCUCGAACCGACACACAGCUGCUGCUCCCGUCUCAGGAAAACUUGUGACGCCUGUAUCCAAGAGCUCUCAGCGACCUGCUGCGUCUUCAGCUCUGGCGCGUGCUGCCGUCUCCUCGGUCUCGGCUGCACAGGCACGCCACGCUCAGCACGCCAAACCCAAAGCUGCUACCACGUUCCGCAACGCCGCCAGUCGCGCGCCUCCGCUUCGACCUCACAAGUCCGGCCCUGUCUACCACACAUUUGAACGCAUGCCUCCCAGCGCAAGGCUCAUGACCCCUCUUCCGCGUGUCACCGCCUACAGCAUCUCGACCUCGAUCCAUCUCGGCACGCUGCUCGGUUUUUUGCGUCGCGAGCAUGGCGUCAAGCCGCGUCUGUAUGACGAAUGCGCCUAUGCCGUCUAUACAAAGCCGCUUCUGCCUGGGUUUGGACGCGCCAAUGUUCGCUCGGCGCCCGAGCCUCGCUCUGCCAGCCCGGGUGCCGAGUCGCGAAGGGAGAGAGAGCUUGAACAGCGAGAAGAAUUCGGCUACCUCGGCACCUACUUUGAACACCGUCAGGAAGAGGACGAGGACAUCGACCAAGAUGGUUACAUCAAAGGUGGUGAGGGUCGAGGCUCCGAUAGUGAGACUCGAAGGCGCGGAGACUCGCAUCGCGGCGAUGGACGCGCGGAAGGAGAAACGUCGGCGUGGGAGAGUGAGGCCGAGAGAUGGACAUCAACCGAAAGACGAAGCAGUCGCGAUCGUCAACUUGCCGACCACGAUCCAGAAGAGGUCGAAGCUGUCGCCAAUGCAGCUCACCAGCAUGCUCGCCACCAGUCUACCGAUAGUAGCAGUCAUCCGAUUAGCAGCAGCCUCGACGACGAUGAGGGUAUGCUUGCAACGCCACUGGCUCGACCUGUAGGUGCAUUGCCCGAGCCGUCGGACAAGGAUGCUCAAAGUGGUAGUGCAGCGACGCGUGCUUUCCUGCUUGAGCGUCGACGUGACAGUCAGAGCUCGGUGUCGGAUGUCGAAGCGCUGCCUCCGUAUCGCACCGCUGGCUCGCCUGUCGACAUGGUGACGGACAAAAACGAGCUUGCGAUCAACGACUUGGAUUCGGCAGGCGCUCGCGACAUGAUGCUCCAACAGCGAGCAGAGGAGCGCGGCGAAACUGAACCCAUGGCGCAUUCGUACCGCUCCAACGAGUUGAGUAUCGCCUCAGACCUUGACGAUGUUGUCAACACGUCGCGUGAACAGAGCGCUCCCUCUGGUGUGCGUCGUACGGACGAGCUUGAUUCGUUGCAGCCGCCGAGUGAGCAUGUUGGCGGCGAUCGAUCGGGUAACAGCAAUGAGCAGAAACAACUCGCACGCGAUGCCGAGAACCAGGCGGAAACGCAGCAGAAGGAACGCAGGACGCGAAAAGUGAAGCUACGUCGUCGAAAGCGCCGCUACGCUGGCCCUAACAUGGCAUCGCACAACCACGACACCUCGGCCAACCUCAACACUCCACGACCUAUUCUUGAAGCGCUACAAUCCGCCGAACUCGUCAUUCUGCCGUACGGCGUGUUGGUAAUGUACAACUUCUCCGCUGCUGAAGAGAGAAGCAUCAUCGAAGACGUACUUUCCUCGGGAUGUGCACGAGAUCCGAUGGAUGAGGCAGCACGCGAGACCGAAGCAUUCCACUUUUGCUAUGACCCCAACAUCUCGGCUCCGCGCAUCUUUAACGACUUUUUCACGUUCCGAGCGCCCAACCAUCUGCUCAAGUUGUCGUUGGCGCACGCGAUCGCGCAGUCGACCAAGCUGUCGGUGUUCGAAGAGAGGAUGCAGGCGACGUUGGAGUUGACCUCUCACAUUCCCAAGGAGAUGGCGUCGAGCGGAGAGUUGAAACUCAAGCGCAGAGAAGCUUUGCGGCUGACGGGAAGACUGUUCAAGUUGAGGGUGGAUGUCAACUUGACGAGCAACGUCUUGGAUACACCCGAGCUGUUCUGGUCAGAAGCCUCGCUCAAGGCGCUGUACGAUGCCAUCAGGGACUACCUCGAGAUCGACGAACGCGUCGAGAAUCUCAACGAAAGAUUGGCCGUCGCCAACGAUCUAUUGGAGAUCAUUCACGAGCAUAUUGCUAAUACGGCCAUGUCAAAGAUUACGUGGAUCGUGAUCAUACUCAUUAUUGUUGCAUGCGCUGUAGCGGUGGGAGAGAUCUCGGCGAGGUUCAUCGUAGGAGCUAACCGGACCGCCGAGGAAGGGUUUAGAGCUUUUGCAGCUGUGAGCAAGCCGUUGGCGCUCACUCCUCCGCCGACUUACUUUGCGUUGGCUGCCGAGUCGCUUUGA